UGUAAAUCAACCAGACGUUCUGUCAUUCACCAGCAAUAUCUCUCCAUAGUGUUCUACACCCAUGUGCCUUCAUGAACUAGUUCACUAUGUUUGUGGAAGAAACAUUCAAAUGAAUGUGCUUUUUCAGGAAUAGUGACACCAGAAUGUUAUAAAUCUGUUCAUUACCACAACAAGGAUAAGUGGUAUUUCUGCCAAAGACUUUUGAUAACGGGUGCAGUAAUGCAUCUCAGCACUUUCUGAGAUUAAAGGUCUGCCCUGAGAGACACUCGGGUUGUUUCCACAUCUUGGCUAUUGUGAAUAAUGCUGAAGUGAACACGGAGGGUGCAGAUAUCUUUUCGAUGUCCUGUUUUCAUUUCCUUUGGAUAAGUAUGCAGAAGUGGGAUUGCUGGAUUAUAAGGUUAUUACAGAAUAUUGAGGAGAGUUUCCCUGUGCAAUACAAGUUCAUCUCAAUUCUCUGAAAGGAUUUAACAAUGGAACAUAAAAAUCUCAGCGAGAACUGAAACGGAUGGGGAUUGAACUGCUUUGCCUGUUCUUUCUAUUUCUAGGAAGGAAUGAUCACGUACAAGGUGGCUGUGCCAUGGGGGAUGCAGAGACCUGUGAGGACUGCUUACUCAUUGGACCUCAGUGUGCCUGGUGUUCUCAGGAGAAUUUUACCCAUCUAUCUGGAGUUGGAGAAAGGUGUGAUACUCCAGCAAAUCUUUUAGCUAAAGGAUGUCAACUAACCUUCAUCGAAAACCCUGUCUCCCAAGUAGAAAUACUUAUAAAUAAGCCUCUCAGUGUAGGCAGACAGAAAAAUAGUUCCAGCAUCGUUCAGAUUGCCCCUCAAAACUUGGCUCUUAAACUGAGACCAGGCAGUGAACAGACUCUGCAAGUUCAAGUUCGCCAGACGGAGGAUUACCCAGUGGACUUGUAUUACCUCAUGGACCUCUCAGCCUCCAUGGACGAUGACCUCAACACAAUCAAAGAGCUAGGCUCCCUGCUUUCCAAGGAGAUGUCUAAAUUAACUAGCAACUUUAGACUGGGCUUCGGCUCUUUUGUAGAAAAACCCAUCUCCCCUUUUGUGAAAACAACACCAGAAGAAAUUGCCAACCCUUGCAGUAGUAUUCCAUACAUUUGUUUACCUACAUUUGGAUUCAAGCACAUUUUGCCGUUGACAAAUGAUGCGGAAAGAUUCAAUGAAAUUGUGAAGAAUCAGAAAAUUUCUGCUAAUAUUGACACCCCAGAAGGUGGAUUUGAUGCAAUUAUGCAAGCUGCUGUAUGUAAGGAAAAAAUUGGCUGGCGUAAUGACUCCCUCCAUCUCCUGGUCUUCGUGAGCGAUGCCGAUUCUCAUUUUGGAAUGGACAGCAAACUGGCAGGCAUCGUCAUUCCUAACGAUGGGCUCUGUCACUUGGACAGCAAGAAUGAAUACUCCAUGUCAACAGUCUUGGAAUAUCCAACAAUUGGACAACUCAUUGAUAAACUGGUGCAAAAUAACGUGUUACUCAUCUUUGCUGUAACCCAAGAACAAGUUCAUUUGUAUGAGAAUUAUGCAAAACUCAUUCCUGGAGCUACCGUAGGGGUCCUUCAGAAGGACUCUGGAAACAUUCUCCAGCUGAUCAUCUCGGCUUAUGAAGAACUCCGGUCUGAGGUGGAGCUGGAGGUGUUAGGAGACACAGAAGGACUCAACCUGUCAUUCACAGCUGUCUGCAAUACCGGGACCCCCUUUCCACACCAAAAGAAAUGCUCUCACAUGAAGGUGGGAGACACAGCUUCGUUCAAUGUGACUGUGAGUAUACCAAACUGUGAGAGAAGAAGUAGGCACAUUAUCAUAAAGCCUGUGGGGCUGGGGGACGCCCUGGAGAUCCUUGUCAGUCCGGAAUGCAGCUGUGACUGUGAGAAGGAAGUGGAGGUGAACAGCUCCAGAUGCAGCAACGGGAACGGCUCCUUCCAGUGUGGAGUGUGCGCCUGCCACCCUGGCCACAUGGGUCCUCACUGCGAGUGUGGGGAGGACACGCUGAGCACUGACUCCUGCAAGGAGGCCCCAGGACUCCCCGCGUGCAGUGGAAGAGGCGAUUGCUACUGCGGGCAGUGCAUCUGUCACUUGUCCCCCUAUGGAGACAUUUACGGCCCUUACUGCCAGUGUGACAAUUUCUCCUGCGUGAGACACAGAGGGCUGCUCUGUGGAGAUAACGGCGACUGUGACUGCGGCGAGUGCGUGUGCAGGAGCGGCUGGACGGGCGAGUACUGUAACUGCACCACCAGCACGGAGCCCUGCAUCUCCGAAGACGGGGCGCUCUGCAGCGGGCGAGGGGGCUGUGUGUGCGGCAAGUGCGUUUGCACGAACCCCGGAGCCUCGGGACCCACCUGCGAACGUUGUCCCACCUGUGGCGAUCCCUGUAACUCUAAAUGGAGCUGCAUUGAAUGCUACCUGUCUGCAGAUGGCCAGGACCGAGAAGACUGUGUUGACAAAUGCAAAUUAGCUGGUGCGACCAUCAAUGAAGAAGAAGAUUUCUCAAAGGAUAGUUCUGUUUCCUGUUCUCGGCGAGGAGAAAAUGAAUGUCUUAUUACAUUCCUAAUAACUACAGAUAAUGAAGGGAAAACCAUCAUUCACAGCAUUAAUGAGAAAGACUGUCCAAAACCUCCGAAUAUUCCCAUGAUCAUGUUGGGGGUUUCGCUGGCUAUUCUUCUCAUUGGAGUCGUCCUACUGUGCAUUUGGAAGCUGCUGGUGUCAUUUCAUGAUCGGAAAGAAGUUGCCAAAUUUGAAACAGAAAGGUCCAAGGCCAAGUGGCAAACGGGAACCAAUCCACUGUACAGAGGCUCCACCAGUACCUUUAAAAAUGUAACCUAUAAACACAGGGAAAAACAAAAGGUAGACCUUUCCACGGAUGGAUAGAACUACUUUACGCACG